AUGUCAAAACAUAUUGUCGUCAUUGGUGCUGGUAUCGGUGGAACUGCUACUGCAGCUCGUCUUGCUCGUGAAGGUUUUCGAGUAACUGUGGUCGAAAAAAACGAUUUCUCAGGUGGUCGAUGCUCACUCAUCCAUCAUGGCGGAUACCGAUUUGAUCAAGGCCCCUCUUUGUACCUGAUGCCCAAGUUAUUUGAAGAUGCCUUUGCUGACCUUGACGAACGCGUGGAGGAUCACCUGGAACUGUUGCGGUGUGAAAACAACUACAAGGUUCACUUUGAUGAUGGCGAGUCGAUUCAUCUUACUUCUGAUCUGACUCGGAUGAAGACCGAAAUGGAACGUGUGGAGGGGCCCGAAGGGUUUGGUCGAUUUCUUGAUUUUUUGAGAGAGACGCAUGUACACUAUCAGAAUGGCACUUGGAUCGCGCUCAAAAAGAAUUUUGAAAGUAUUUGGGAUUUGAUUCGUCUGGAAUAUGCUCCUGAGAUCCUUAGGUUGCACUUGUUUGACAAGAUUUAUAGACGUGCGUCGCUCUACUUUAAGACAAAACGAAUGCGUAUGGCGUUUACCUUUCAAACGAUGUAUAUGGGUAUGUCGCCCUAUGAUGCUCCUGCAGUCUAUAGUCUGUUGCAAUAUACCGAGUUUGCUGAAGGUAUCUGGUAUCCUCGUGGUGGGUUCAAUCAAGUGGUUCAAAAGCUAGAAUCCAUUGCGACACAAAAGUACCGAGCCACGUUUCGAUACAACGCUCCUGUAGCCAAGAUCAAUACGGACAGUGGUCGUGUAUGUGGUGUGACAUUGGAAAAUGGAGAGGUGAUCGAAGCGGAUGCAGUGGUAUGCAACGCUGAUCUUGUCUAUGCCUAUCACAAACUCCUUCCCCCUUGCUCCUGGACAACAAAGACGCUGGCCUCCAAGAAGUUGACAUCCUCUUCCAUUUCGUUCUAUUGGUCCAUGAACAAAAAGAUUCCCCAAUUCGAUGUUCAUAAUAUCUUCUUGGCUGAAUCAUACAAGGAAAGCUUUGAUGAAAUUUUUGAACAGUAUGGUCUGCCCUCAGAAGCUUCCUUUUAUGUCAAUGUUCCUUCCCGUGUGGAUCCCUCCGCUGCACCUGAUGGUAAAGAUUCGGUGAUUGUGUUGGUGCCUAUCGGACACAUGAAGAGCCAGACGGGUGAAGGCGAAGACUAUGCCGACUUGGUCAAUAGGGCACGCGAGAUGGUCUUGAGUGUCAUCCAGUCUCGUUUAGGCAUCAAGGAUUUUGCUAGCAUGAUUGAACAUGAAAUUGUGAAUGAUCCCAAGACAUGGCAAGCCAAGUUUAAUCUCUGGAGAGGAUCAAUCCUUGGUCUGUCUCAUAAUGUCUUUCAAGUUCUCUGGUUCCGUCCGAGCACAAGGGAUACGACGAACCGAUAUCGUAAUCUGUUUUUUGUUGGUGCCAGUACGCAUCCUGGCACAGGUGUUCCUAUCGUUCUUGCUGGCAGUAAGCUCACAUCAGAUCAGGUCUGUAAACAUUUCGGAAAGACGCCCUUGCCUCGAAAACUUGGGUACACUCCACAGCCCAAGGACUAUGUCGAAAAGAGUCAUGGUGAACCCUCUUGGUUUAGUAUCUUUGCUGUCAUCGUUUUCCUCUUGUCGUUCUUUUUUGCCUUUUUCCCUGAGCAAUCGACAGGACAUACCGCCGCUUCGUUCAUAAACUCAUAUCUUCCAAAGCCGUUCCAGGUCGAAGGCGCCUCUUCUUCUUUUUGGAUAGUAUAA